AUGAAUGAGAGCAAGCCGGACGUAAUAUGGACCGUACAUGUCGAGGUCCGGCUCUCUACGAAAUCUAGACGGCGUGUAGACGUCAUCCAAGGUCUCGUGCGAGAUUUUAUCACCAACAACUACGAUCCAAUUCAGCUCCCAUCCGUUCUCUAUGGAUGGGAAGCAGACCUAACCCUUGCUUCAUCGGUGGACCGAAUCGCAAUAUCAGAAUCGGCUUGUCCAUCGACAUCAUUACGCCUCAAAGAGAUUUCUUUGGAAAUCCAUGCUUACCAACCCCAUGAAUCCGAUGUGGUCGAGGAAUAUGCUAAUGGAACACCAGGUAGAGAUGGUGAGGAGAACGUGCUCGCUGCGAGCGUGUGCGAACUCCCAUGUAAGGCAUGGGAGGGAUUGUGGGAUGGCUUGAUAUAUGCGGACAACAUAAAGCUCAAGCUACUUGAUUACAUACAUGCAACUUUUGUUCUGAGUGACGCCGAUGUCGAUUUCAACUUGGUAACAUGGAACCGCGUAGUAUUGCUGCAUGGACCUCCGGGGACAGGCAAGACUUCACUAUGCCGAGCACUCGCUCAAAAAUUAUCCAUACGAUUAUCUCAUCGUUACUCCCAGUCACGUCUCCUGGAGAUCAAUUCUCACUCCCUUUUUUCUCGUUGGUUCUCGGAGUCCGGAAAACUUGUACAACGUCUAUUCAGCAACAUCAUGGAAAUGGUGGAAGACGAAGACUGUUUCGUUGUCGUGCUGAUAGAUGAAGUAGAGUCUCUUACUGCAGCCAGAGCUGGUGCCAUGGCAGGCACAGAGCCUUCAGAUGGUCUGAGGGUGGUUAAUGCUCUCCUCACGCAACUGGACAAGCUAAGGUACCAGAAGAACGUGCUGGUGAUGUCCACAAGUAACCUUGCAAAAGCCAUAGACUCGGCCUUCGUUGAUCGAGCAGAUAUUAUCCAAUACGUCGACCUGCCUUCACGCGAAGCCAUCUAUGAGAUUCUGCGCAGCUCUCUGUGCGAAUUUGUGAAAAAAGGAAUACUACAGGAGGCGACAGUUCCUGCGCUUAAUCUAGCGCUGUAUCUUGUCAAUGAACAGAGAAAUCGUUCCGGCGCAAGGCAGCUUGCCUUGGCUUUACUGGCUCUUGCUGAUAAAUGCAGAGAACUCCCACAGGCACAGCAACUUUCAGGACGCGCCCUUCGACGUUUGCCCGUUCUUGCACUCGCGAGAUACAUCGGCAUGGGCGUUAGUACAUCAUCGACGUCGGCUAGCAAUCCCAACAACUCCCGGUUCCAAACUGACAUACGCUUGUGGCUGGACGCGAUGGAGAAGGUCCUUAAUGAUCGAGCUGCAGAUCACGGAAAGCUUCUAUAA